CACAUAACAGAUACGAGAAAAAAAAAAAAAAAAAAACACCCGUGGGCUAUCCGAUAAUUAUCAACAAAGACACACUCAAACAUCCUUUUUCUUUCAGAUUCCCUCCCCAUUUCUCUCUCCCACCCCAAAAAGCAACCUCACGCGUAGCACAAACCACAUAUGCCACGUGUAUACCAUCCACUGGGUCUCCGAUUCGAAAAUUGGCCACCACCUAACAGCGACAUUCCCUGCUCUUACUCACAGACCGGGGUUCUGGAAACUGCAUUUGCACAUCAUACUAUUAUUAUUAUCAUUACCAUUAUGGCUGGCUGGCUGGCUAGGAUCGGGGGUUGAAGGGAAGGGAAGGGGAGGGAG